AUGUCGCUAUUCUCUACCACUCGUACAAUCACUGGGGUCUUCUCGAAGCCCCAAUUCCUUUCCAUCGCACGAUCGUCGGGUCCCCACCGCCUGUACUCAACGAGGCCGCCGACCCCCAACAACAACGCCCCCCAAAACAGCCGCUCCAAUUUCAAGGUCCUACCCAUCAUCGCACUCCUCGCCAUCAGCUCUGGAUCUUACGUUCUCCUCGUGAAGUCUCGCACAGGCCAAAACCCCGUCUCCAGAUAG